ACCGCGAGCCAAUUUCACAGCUUGUCUCGAAGUUUUGGCUUGGGGCUUCAAGAGUGGGACACUGAGGCCGGCUGUCUUUUGGACAACAGACUUAUCAGAGAUACUACCACCGCGGACAGCACCGUGAAGGGGGCUCUGGGGAACCCAGGCUGCGUUCCAGGGUUGGGGGUCCUUCCUUAUGGGUUCCAGGGGCGAGCGGUCACAUGAUUGGCACGAUCACGUGACCAGCGGGAAGCCCCAGUACGCGGGCGAGUUUCGAAAAACAAGUUAAUAUACUUCUGGAAACCAAACCACCGUGUCUCAUUCUACGUCUUCUCAAACCUCGCAGUGGUCACGUGACUCCGCACGGCCUUCCUCUCCUGGAAACACGUGGUCUCAGCGUCGGUCACAUUACAUCCCUGACCCUCCUUCCGCUCCGCUUCAACGUUCUCGGUCUCCGCGUUCCGCGGCGCGGCUCAACACUUCGGUGCGCCUGCGCAGACGGAGAGGCCGGGCAGACAGAAACCCAUUUCCAUCCUGUGGGUUUCACCUUAAAGCCAACAUCAUGUCUGGUUCUAAUGGUGCCAAAGAGAAUUCCCACAACAAGGCCCGGACAUCUCCUUACCCAGGUUCAAAAGUUGAGCGAAGUCAGGUUCCGAAUGAGAAGGUGGGCUGGCUUGUUGAGUGGCAAGACUACAACCCAGUGGAGUACACCGCGGUCUCUGUCUUGGCUGGACCCCAGUGGGCGGACCCGCAGAUCAGUGAAAGCAACUUCUCUCCCAAAUUUAAUGAAAAGGACGGGCAUGUUGAGAGAAAGAGCCAGAAUGGCCUGUACGAGAUUGAAAACGGAAGACCCAGAAAUCCUGCAGGGAGGACAGGACUGGUUGGCCGGGGUCUUCUGGGGAGAUGGGGUCCAAAUCAUGCUGCAGAUCCUAUUAUAACCAGGUGGAAAAGGGAUGAGAGCGGGAAUAAGAUCAUACACCCUGUCUCCGGGAAAUGCAUCUUGCAGUUUGUUGCCAUCAAAAGGAAAGACUGUGGAGAGUGGGCAAUCCCUGGGGGGAUGGUAGACCCCGGAGAGAAGAUCAGUGCCACACUGAAAAGGGAGUUUGGUGAGGAAGCCCUGAACUCGUUACAGAAGUCCAGUGCGGAGAAGAGGGAGAUCGAGGAGAAGCUGCACGCGCUCUUCAGCCAGGAGCAUCUCGUGAUAUAUAAGGGGUAUGUUGAUGACCCUCGGAACACUGACAAUGCAUGGAUGGAGACAGAAGCUGUGAACUACCAUGAUGAAACAGGGGAGACAAUGGACAACCUGACUCUGGAGGCUGGAGAUGACGCCGGGAAGGUGAAGUGGGUGGACAUUAGCGACCAGCUCAAGCUGUAUGCCAGUCACUCUCAGUUCAUCAAGCUCGUGGCAGAGAAGCGAGACGCCCAUUGGAGCGAGGACUGUGCUGCUGACAGCCACGGGCUAUAGCCUGUCCUGAGAGCCAGUGGGCUGCCGGCUGUACAGCACACAGUAGUGCUGCAGAACUGACACUCUACUAAGGCCACUUGGAAAUGCUUGCAACACGGUGAAAUGCCUGAAUAUGAUGAAGAACACUGAAUGUUCAGCUUUCUUCUCAAAGGGAUUAGAGACUGUCAUUUUGUAUAUAUUUACGCAUGUCUGAACAAAUUUAAAUAACUAAUGUUUGAAAAAUUGUAGUUACAAUAAAUAUAAAACCCAACUGCUGG